UGAUCAACAGAUUUAAUUUGAGGCAUGCAUUAAUAAAUUGUAAUUAGGAAUGAAUUGGGUUUUUGAGAAUGAAAAGAUAAUAGAGAGAGGUAGGGGGGCAUGGCAUUAAUGGGAAGUACAGGAGCAUAUAUUGAUUGAAAUGAAGUGAUUUGUGAGAGAUGGCAAUAAUAUGGGUUGGUUAGAGAGAGAGAGAGAUGGGCCCAUUCCAUUAGGCAUGCAUUAGCUGUAUGGAAAGCUCAUUCUCCUUCCCUCUGUCUUUGUAUGUGGCUAUAAAAACACCCACGUUGGAUCUACCUUACAUCAGCAUCGAGGAGAGGAUGGCAGCAUUCAUACUAUGCGCUAUCGCAUUGGCAUUGUCUUGUUUGAGCGUCGAGGCUCGACCUGCAACCUUCAGCCAAGACUUCAGAAUCGCAUGGGCCGAUUCCCACGUUCGCCAAAUAGAUGGAGGCAGGGCCAUUCAGCUCACUCUUGACCAAUCCUCUGGAUGCGGCUUCGCUUCCAAGUACCAAUAUCUCUUUGGACGUGUCUGCAUGAAGAUCAAGCUCGUCCCAGGCGACUCUGCCGGAACUGUCACUGCCUUCUACAUGAACUCGGACACGGACACGGUUCGCGACGAGCUGGACUUCGAGUUCCUGGGCAACCGGUCGGGUCAGCCCUACACGGUUCAGACUAAUAUAUACGCCCACGGCAAAGGUGACAGGGAGCAACGCAUCAAUCUGUGGUUCGACCCCUCCCUAGAUUUCCACACUUACUGCAUCUUUUGGAACCAUCAACACAUCAUCUUCUCUGUGGAUGAAACUCCGAUAAGGGUGUACAAGAACAACGAGCGAAGAGGGAUUCCGUACCCUAAAUUCCAACCAAUGGGAGUGUACUCGACACUAUGGGAGGCCGACGACUGGGCCACGAGGGGCGGAUUGGAGAAGAUAAAUUGGAGCAAAGCCCCAUUCUACGCUUACUACAAAGAUUUCGACAUCGAAGGAUGUGCGGUUCCGGGGCCAGCCAACUGCCCCUCGAACCCCAGGAACUGGUGGGAGGGCGCAGCGUACCAGCAGCUGACCCCGGAAGCCGCCAGGCGCUACCGCUGGGUCCGCAUCAACCACAUGAUCUACGACUACUGCACCGACAGGUCGCGCUACCCCGUUACCCCACCUGAAUGUAUGGCCGGAAUAUGACUCCUUUCUAUCUUCAAUUCAUAUAUUAUGUUGUGCAUGUCUACUUGGAUUUAUAAAUUUGUAUAGACCAGAAAUUGUAAUUUACUUUGGAUAUUCUUGUAAAUCUGGGGUUGGGAAAGUUGAUGUCGGUGAAUGCUGUCUCACCCAAUAAUGUGCGUCUUAUGUAUAUCUAUAAUUGUGAAAGCGAUGUGUUCUCGCUCGGUCUCGUCAAGAUAUAUAAAGAAAGCUCUUAUUCCUUCUUCAA